UUAAAAUACAAAUACCAAUUUUACCCUAAAACAAGCCGUGAAGUCUUUCACGUAUUGACGGCGGCGGUGGUUUCAACCGGAAGCUCCGGCUAAGAAUGGAUAGUUCAAUGGAUUUGAAGACCUCCUCCGGCCAAUCUCCGUCCGACGAUCAUCAUCUCGAUCUCUACACAAUCCCUACGCACUCCAGUUGGUUCUUAUGGAACGACAUUCACGACACCGAGAAACUACACCUCCGAGAAUUCUUCGACGGAAGUUCCAUGACUAGAACUCCAAAGAUUUACAAGGAAUAUCGAGAUUUCAUUAUUUCAAAGUAUAGGGAAGAUCCGUUAAGGAGACUUACAUUUACUGAGAUUCGUAAGUCGUUAGUUGGAGAUGUAUGUUUGCUUCAUAAAGUGUUUAGUUUUCUGGAUAAAUGGGGGUUGAUUAACUUUGGUGUGUUGGAUGAUGAGGAGAGAGUUGAGGAUGUUGAGACUGAAGGAAAUUGGAAUGUUAAAUUGGAGGAAGGUGCACCGAUUGGUGUUCGUGUUGUGGCUGUUCCGAAUUCGUUGAAGCCGGUUUGUUUGCCUCAGGAUGGGAGUGAUUCGAGUGGGAAUGAGGUUGAUAAUGUUGUUAAAUUGCCUGUUUUGGCUUCUUAUAAGGAUGUUUAUGGUGAGGUGAAGGGAAUGUUAUGCGGGAAUUGCAAAGAAGUUUGUGAAUCCGAACAUUAUCAUUGUACAAAGGAAGAGGACAUGAUAAUCUGUUCAAAAUGCUACAAGAAUGGGAACUAUGGGGUGAACAGGUCUGCGGAUGAUUUCAACCUCAUUCAAAGCAUUACUAACAAGACUAAAUCUGAUGCUAUUUGGACGGAGGCAGAAACUUUGGUUCUUUUGGAAUCUGUGUUCAAGCAUGGAGAUGAUUGGGAAGCUGUAACACAAAAUGUUAAGACAAAGAGUAAACAGGAAUGUAUAUGGAAGCUUAUACAGCUUCCGUUUGGGGAGUAUAUGUUUGGGUCUGCUUAUAAGAAGGAUCAUACUGAUGCUAAUAUGAUUGUUUCCAAGCAUGGAGAAUUAACUUCAAACGAGUCUCAUUCUCAAGAGAAAACUGAAGCAAAAGUCCAAGACAAUGAGCUUGAGCAUAAGGGUGAACAGAAUGGAGAUACUGAGAUGGAGACACCAACUCUGAAGAGAAGACGUAGUGCUUCACCUUCAGACAAUAGGGGUACAUUGAUGGAACAGGUAGCUCUCAUAUCCUCUUUAGUUGGUCCACAUAUCACUGCCUCUGCGGCCUCUGCUGCCAUCACUGCACUCUGUCAUGAAAUCCAAUGUCCAAAUGAGAUAUUUGAUGGUGAUGAUAGUGACAAUCAUGUCUUAGGAUCUUCUCUGGAGGACAUGCUUGACAGAGAACACCGGGAUGAAGGUACAGAGGCUGGUGGAGGUCCUGGUGAGUCAGAAACUCAUUCAACCCAAGAAAAAGACACGAUACCUUAUACAUUGAGGAUAAGAGCUGCAACAGCCACUGCCCUUGGUGCUGCUGCUGCUCAUGCCAAGUUGUUGGCUGAUCAGGAAGAGCGAGAAAUAGAAAAUCAAAUGGCAAAUAUAAUUGAAGCACAGUUAAAAAAAUUGCGCCACAAAGUUGACAAUUUUGAAGAUCUGGAGCAGAUAAUGGAAAAGGAAUAUGCUCAAGUAGAAAGGCUUAAGAAGGCUCUCACAUCAGAUAGAUUAAGUGUUUUACAGAAUCUAAUGAAUGCUGGGAUAUCUGGAUGGAGGGAUCAUGCUCCUGUAAAAUCAGCCUAGUGGCUUUUGACAGACUUAAAAGGUUAGAUGAGUAGUCAGAUAGAUGUUGGUUCUUUUAACCCUUCUAUACUUGAGAUAUGUUGUUUGUUUUCGAUUGUAUGUUAAGCUCAAAUUCGACACCCGACUGAACAGGGAAAAUAUUUUAUGAUUUUAGAAGCAUCUGUAUCUUGUAUCAAUCUGCCAAUGUCAAGUUAUUAACUAUAAUAUAUUUAUAAUCCGGAGACUUGUUUUAGUAA